AUGUUCUCAUCUCUAGCUAGCACGGGAGUUAAGCAAUAUUGUAGCCUCUUGCUCCUCACUGCUGUACUCAAAUUACUGAUCGAGAUGAAUGCGAGGGUUUUCGGCAACGUCGGUGAGACCCUGGUGCUCGCCCACGGCUACGGGGGCAGCCGGUUCGUCUGGGACGACGUCGUCCCGUCGCUGGCGGACAAGUUCCGGGUCGUCGUCUUCGACUGGAGCUUCUCCGGCGCGGCGGACGGCGGCGGGUGCUCAGAGCGGCGGUUUUCGUACCACGACUUCGCCGAUGAACUUGUGGCGCUGAUGGACGAGCUCGGGCUGAGGGGAACAGUGUUCCUGGGGCACUCCAUGGCUGGCAUGAUCGGCUGCAUCGCGUCGCUGGCAAGGCCAGACCUAUUCAGCCACCUCGUGCUGGUUGGGGCGUCACCUAGGUACAUCAACGACGACGGCUACGAGGGCGGAUUCGACCGCGGAGAGGUGGACGCCAUGCUCGGAGCCAUCGAGGCCGAUUUCACCGAGUGGGCGCCGCUCUUCGCCGAGACCGUGGUCGGGGUGGACCACCCGGCCGCCGUCGCAAAGUUCGCCAAGCAGCUGGCGAUGAUGCGCCCGGGCACCGCGCUCCGCGUCAUGCGCGCCGUGCUCACCUGCGACGUCCGGGACGUGCUCCCGGACGUCAAGGCACCAUGCACCAUCGUGCACUGCACCCAGGACGCCGUGGCGCCGCUCGCAGUUGCCCGCUACAUGCAGCACCGACUGGCCGGGUGCGCUGGUGGCGGCGGCGCGGCCUCGGUUGUCAUCCAGUCCUCCAGCCACUUCCCACAGCUCACCGCGCCAAAGGAGUUCAUCCGGGUCAUUGAGGCCAUCUUGCUCGACCGCUGA